UUUUCUUCUGCUGAUGUCUAUGAAUGAAGCUGGAAAAAGUCACCCCCCUUCUUUGAUCUCAACGUACCGUCACGCGAGCCAGACUGCAACCGACCUUGUUCAUGAGGCUGAUUUUGAGGGUCCGUGCAUGAAGACAGAGGUGCCUGGCCCCAUAUCCAGGAGCCUGUCAAAUCAGCUGGCAAAAAUCCAGAAUGUGAUGCAGGUGAAUUUCUUCUGUGACUACGAGGAGAGCAGAGGGAACUACCUGGUAGAUGUGGAUGGCAACCGCAUGCUGGAUGUCUAUACUCAGAUCGCCUCCAUUCCCAUUGGAUACAACCACCCAGCACUCACCAAAGUCAUGGCAGACCCAAAGAACUUGGGUACACUGGUGAAUAGACCAGCUCUUGGUAUGCUUCCACCCCGCAAACUUCCUGAGACGUUGUUUGACAGCUUAAUAUCAGUGGCACCCAAGGGCUUUAGCCGAGUGCAAACCAUGGCCUGUGGCUCCUGCUCCAAUGAGAAUGCAUACAAAUCCAUCUUCAUCUGGUACAGAAACAAGCAGAGAGGCACCAGUAAACCAACCCCAGAGGAGGAGAGAACCAGUUUACUCAAUCAAGUCCCGGGAUGUCCUGACCUGACUCUGUUGUCCUUCAUGGGAGGCUUUCAUGGAAGAACUUUGGGUUGCUUGGCUACCACACACACAAAGGCCAUCCAGAAGCUUGAUGUGCCAUCGUUUAACUGGCCCAUUGCUCCCUACCCCAAACUGAAGUACCCGUUGGACCAGUUUGAGAGGGAAAAUGCUCAGGAGGAAGCCCGCUGUCUGGAGGAGGUUGAGGACUUGAUAGAGAAGUGGGCGAAAAUGGGCAGGCCCGUGGCAGGGAUUGUAAUUGAGCCAAUCCAGGCCGAGGGCGGGGAUAACCACGCCUCCUUUGACUUUUACAGAAAGCUGAGGGGCAUUGCCAAGAAGCAUGGCUGUGCAUUCCUAGUGGAUGAAGUGCAGACAGGGGGCGGGUCUACAGGGAAGUUCUGGGCUCAUGAACACUGGGGAUUGGACGAUCCAGCUGACAUCGUCUCCUUCAGUAAGAAGAUGCUGACAGGAGGCUACUACUACAAAGAUCACUUCCAGGCAGGCGAGCCUUUCAGGAUCUUCAACACAUGGCUUGGAGACCACACCAAGAACAUAUUCCUAGCUGAGGUGAUUAAGGUGAUCAGGACUGAGAACCUUCUGGAAGAGGUGAAGAGGUCUGGCAAGGUCAUGUUGCAGGGUCUCUAUGACCUCCAGGCAAAGUACCCUCACCUCCUCAGCAAUGCCAGAGGUAUCGGGACCUUCUGUGCCAUUGAUUUAAGGGAUGAGGCCACUCGCAACGUGCUCAUCUGGAAAGCCCGGAACAAGGGUCUGGUUUUGGGUGGCUGUGGAACACAGUCCAUCAGAUUUCGUCCUGCUCUCGUGUUCAAAGAGCGUCAUGCACACCUCUUCCUAGACAUCUUCAACGAUGCCAUUGCUGAGCUCAGAUAAAGAGCCAGUGGAGAUGUCCUCAAAAUGACUUUUAACUCUGAUUGAGUACUUUUGCCUUUAAUGUACACCCCAUGUCUGUUAUGUGAAGCUGUGCACAUUGUUGUCAUUCAUCAGAACUAUCAAUUAAGUUGCACUAACUAAGGCUGAAGAUGACAAAAUAGAACAGUGGUGCAAAUACAUGUGGAGUUUUUUUUUUUUUUUUUUUUUUUAUGCUGCUAGCUUUUAACAAAUAACCUAAUGGACAAAAAUGGCUGUUUAUAUUCUGUAGAAGGCCAAGUAAUGUAAAAAUGUAUACUUAAUGUUUUAAUAUAAAAGAAAAUGUACAGCUUUAAAAAUGCUUUAAAUAAAACCACAAUACUG